CCCACCAAAGCUAAAAGAAAAAUCCCAUUCUUUUUUUUCUCUUCAUUUCGUCAUUUCUUUCUCUUCCACUGAAAUUUCUGGGAAAAUGGCUGCUGAGGUUGCUAAGCCCGAGGAGACCCAGAAGGGAGAUGUUUUGGUUCAUGAAGAAGAGACGAAGAAGAACGUUGAGGAAGCUCAUGAGAAAGAUGAAUCCAAACCCAGAUCUGUUGAGAAGAGCUCUUCUUAUAAGGAAGAGAGCAACUUUCUCUCUGAUCUGAAAGAGUUUGAGAGGAAGGCUUUGAAUGAGCUGAGAUUGAAGCUUGAAGAAGCCAUUCUCGGAAACAAUCUCUACAGAAUUGAAGAGCCAAAGAAGACCGGAGAUAAGGCGAAACCCGAAGAACCUAAGGAAGAAGAGAAAAAAGAAGAAGCGAAGAAAUGUGACGAUCAGGAAGCAAAACCAGAAGAGCCAAAGAAGACCGAAGAGAAGGCGACACCCGAAGAACCCAAGGAAGAAGAGAAAAAAGAAGAAGCGAAGAAAUGUGACGAUCAGGAAGCAAAACCAGAAGAGCCAAAGAAGACCGAAGAGAAGGCGAAACCCGAAGAACCCAAGGAAGAAGAGAAAAAAGGAGAAGCGGAGAAAUGCGACGAUGAGGAAGCAAAACCAGAAGAGGGUGAUAACGCAAAGGUAAAGGAAGGAGAGAAAGAUGAAGAAGCCGAAGAGAAAAUUGAAAAAGAAGAAGUCGAUAAGGAAAUUUCCCUUUGGGGAGUUCCCCUUUUGCCAAGCAAAGGCUCAGAAGGUACUGAUGUAGUCCUCUUGAAGUUCUUGAGGGCUAGAGAGUUCAAGGUCAAUGACGCCUUCGAGAUGCUUAAGAAGACCCUUCAAUGGAGGAAGGAUUCGAAGAUCGAUUCGAUCUUGGACGAGGACGACUUGUGCGUCGACUUGAGCUCGGCGGCCUACAUCAAUGGCGUGGACCGGGAGGGACACCCCGUGUGCUACAACGUCUUCGGCGUGUUCGAGAACGAAGAGCUUUACCGGAAGACUUUUGGGACGGAGGAGAAGAGGACACAUUUCUUGAGAUGGAGGUGCCAAUUGACGGAGAAGAGCAUUCAGAAGCUUGAUUUGAAACCGACCGGAGUCUCUUCUUUGCUUCAUGUCAAUGACCUCAAAAACUCGCCGGGACCUUCCAAGAAAGAGCUCAGAAUCGCCACGAAACAAGCUGUCGGCCUUUUGCAGGACAAUUACCCUGAGUUGGUCGCCAAAAAUAUAUUCAUAAAUGUUCCUUUCUGGUACUACGCUUUGAAUGCCCUCUUGUCACCUUUCUUGACUCAAAGAACCAAGAGCAAAUUCGUCGUUGCUCGGCCGGCGAAGGUUACCGAAACCCUUCUUAAGUACAUUCCGGCUGAGAAAAUCCCUGUGCAAUACGGUGGCUUCAUGAGGGAGAAUGACUUUGACUUCUAUGGCGAUGAUUAUGCUGUUUCUGAACUCUUUGUCAAAGCAGGAACUACUCAAACCAUUGAGAUACCCGCACCAAAGGCUGAUACCACAUUGGUGUGGGACUUAACCGUUUUGGGUUGGGAAGUAAACUACAAGGAGGAAUUUGUUCCUAACGAUGAGGGAUCUUACACCAUAAUUGUUCAGAAGGCCAAGAAAAUGGGACUGAAUGAAGGACCUAUUCGCAAUACUUUCCGGAGCAAUGAGCCCGGAAAGGUUGUCCUAACAAUCGAGAACAAUUCGAGCAAGAAGAAGAAGGUUCUUUACCGGUACAAGACCAAGAAGCAGUGCUCUUCCUUUUAAGAAUUUCAAGCUUUACAGUUUUAAUAUGAAAAAAAUGUCCCGAUUAUUUUCUUUCAUGUUUUUCACAUUCUUUUUUAGGCUGGUACAGCAACUUGAGUGAGGAUUAGUUUGUUCAUUCUUUUGCAGGAUUAGUAAAAUCCUGUCUUUUGAUUUCUUCCAGAUUUGAAUAUCUUGAUGUCAUUCAUUUUUACAUGUUU